UCGUUUUCACUGAGGACCGUCUCGAGUUGGUGUAACAUCACAUCACUUAUUUUUUGGGGGUUUUUUUGCAUGAAUAAGUUGCCAUUCCGGGUAAGCUAUUGUAUGAGCAGAACAUUCAUUUCAAUCCAUGUAUUAUUCUAUUACCAAUUCCUAAAUAGAAAAUCUCCUUGUCACUCAUUGUUGAGAAUGAGGUUUCCAGUUUAUUUUUUUAAACAAUUGUACACUCUUGAAGGAUUGUAAAUAUUUUAAAAUCAUGUAAUAUUUUUUACACGCUACCAAUUCACCUUGGAAGGUCCCGUGUUUUUGUAUGUUUUAUCAUGUGUGCCAAAUACAACAUACUGUACACACUUCAACCAGGGGCUCUGGCAGAGUCCGUUUAUUUGGACUGUCACUUUUUUUUUGUAUAAUUACUCGAGUCAUUUGCACUUUCUCGUUUCCUGUUUAUUAUGGCCCAGGAGGGGCACUAAAGUAAGUAAAUUGUAGUGACUUUAGGUUUGUCUUCCCGAGGUGUCGCUGCAGCGAGUUACAACGAGGGUUUUAUGUUCUGCACUACACUGCCCUCUUUUGGCCGGCGGCGGAAGUACAGCUAAAUCUUGGCUAAAGUGAAUCAAUCUACAUACUCGGUAUGUACUGAAUAGUGAUCGGUUGAGGCCCUUUCGGAUCAAUGUGUUGCAAUGAGGUAAACGGCUACUUUGCUUGACGCUUUCAAUAAUUAAUGGCAGCUCCGUCACAGCUUGAGCAGGUAAAUUGAUCAGGUAAAAUUGAUCAUGGCCAUAUUUACUUUUGACUUCAAUACAAGAGUUGAACCAAAACUUUUCGUUUUACCAAUGUUUUUUUUUUUACACAAGUGCCUAAAUACAUAAAAUGAGUGUUUCCCCCCCUCUAAAGUAAAAUGGCCACUUGACCACCACCCGAAAGUAUGUCCCACAUUGCACUGCUGGGAUUGAGCGCGUUCCGUUGCCAUGGAGCCGAGUUACGCCUCCCCACCCGUGGAAACCAAAGAGACGACGGUUUGAAUUGUAAGGAUCGCCGCCUGCCUGUAAUUAUGGAAGACGACAUUUUCACGAUGGCUAUACAAGCGGAGGUUUUGGAGCAAAUGUCUGAAUGCCGACAGCGGGCAGUUGUUCUCAGUGGACGAGCGCGUUCGUAGUGCAGGCACCUCGCCGACAGGUUUUGAACCUCUCGUCAUUUCCGGUCGCCUGUGUUCAUCGCAAGCAUGACCGGAAGGGAGGUGGACAACCGCCUGCAGGUGCUGCAGAUCUACCGUUUGCUGCAGUACAUCCAUGAAAACAAUGAGGCGCAGAUUGAGGAAAUGGUCAACCUCGGGGUGGAGAACCUCAUUAAUCUCACAGAGCCACAGAAUGGAAAGGGGGCACUUCACAUGGCGGUUGCGGCCAACAAUCAAGACCUGACCAGGUUUCUUCUCUCACUGAGAGCCCACCCUGACAUCCAGAAUAAGAGGGGCCACACGCCGGUCAUGUUGGCGACCGAACUGGGUAAUGACGGCAUUGUGAAAAUGUUGGCAGACCACGACGCAGACAUGAGCAUCCAAGACAACGAAGGCCAAGGAGUUCUGUUCUACUGCAUCUACCCGACGAGGCGGCACACGCGUUGCCUGCAGACGGCGCUGGAGUACCGGGCGGAUGUCAACAAUGUGUCCUCGCACGGGACUCACGUCUUUCAGCUGAUGUGUCAACACGCCAAAGACUGCGCUCCCAUGUGUCACAUGAUGCUAGCCAAAGGGGCCGACCCCAACGCAACAGACCAGAAAACGGGCGUGACGGCGUUGAUGGAGGCCGCCAAAGCAGGUUCCGUGGAUCUUGUCCGAGACAUUCUAAAAAGAGGGGGAGACCCCAACGCCCUGGACCAGAAGCGCAUGUCAGUGGUGCACUAUGCUGCCAUGGGAGGCUUUUUUGAGGUGAUCGUGCUGCUGUCUGCCUUCUCAGCAGAUAUGAGCGUCAUUAAUGUGGACGAGUGCACGGCCCUCCACUUUGCCGCCGCAACGGGAGACAUCAACUGCUGCAAGUUCCUGGCUCAGAGAGGUAGCAACGCCAAAGUGAAGAACUCGGACGGUUUUCUUCCACGUCAGAUUGCCAAAGAUGCCGGUCACAAAGCGGCCAUGAAGGAGCUGAGGAAAGCGGAGCAGCAGAGGGGCAAAGAGAACACCGACGAGACGGCCCUGACAGACUUGUGGGCUCUGACCCUCCACGACUGGUCCAACGAAUACGAGAGCGAUCUGCUGCAAGCCUUCGAUAGCGAAAAAGCCCCCUCGGAAAAAUUUGCCUCCGUUUUAACGGCUUUGGGUGCUCCGGUCACCCAAGAACAGCUGGAGUUGGUCAUCUCCUUCCACGGGAUCGGAAGAGAUCCGACCGUCAACAUUAAUGACUUCAUCAAAGGGGCCAGCUACAUCAAGAAACCGUACCUUCUCCUCUCCUACGCCCCCAAGAAGAAAAAGGGGGGCAAAGGGGGGAAGGGGAAGAAGAAAAAGCCCAAAUUUGUCCUCCCUAUGCCUAUUUGUACCCUGCCGCCGGAGUUCAAGCCGCGGCGAGAGGACGGAGGCCCGCCGGAAUACAUGAUGGAAACCUACAAUACGGCGGACAUCCGACAACUGGAGAAAGAACCUCCGUCAGAACACCCCGUCGUCGACGACGCUGCCUGGUACACGGAGAAACCGGACAAGAUCUACCUCAACAUCAACUACCUGGUGAAGAACGGCGACAUCCAGGCUCUGGAACAGGCUUUCAGUCAAAGGAUUCCCGUGGACAUUCAAGAUCCGUAUUACAAGACUCCGCUGAUGGUGGCCUGCUCCAUCGGAAACUACGAGGUGGCCAAGUACCUGCUCGAAAAGAGGGCCAUGGUGGAUAUCUGUGACCAAUUCUGCUGGACGCCGCUUCACCACGCCGCCCAAGCCGGCAAAGUGGAAAUAUUGGAACUUCUGCUGGAGGCCGGAGCCGAGGUGGACGCUCAGACCAUCACGGGGACCACGCCCGCCAUGGUGGCCAUCCAGAGCCUUCACCUCUCCUGCGUUGAAUUCUUCUUCACGGCCGGCGCCAAUGUCUUGAUGGAGAAUAAAAAAGAACAAACCUGCCUUGACAUCGCCACUGCAUUUGGUGACGCCGCGAUCUAUCAGUUAGUCAAAGACAAGUUUGAAUCCAUGCCCAAGCCCAAAAACAAAGGAAAGGGGAAAGGAAAGGUACGCAAAUAACCGCCCCCCCCCCACCCCUUGACCUUACGUCUGGAGCCGCAGCGUUCAAAACGUGAAAUGUUUUUCUUUUCUCCAUUUGUGUGACAGAAAUAAGUGUCCAUCUGCCACUCUUGGAACUCAUCCCGCCCCCCCUGACUGAUCUCUUUCUUCAUCUUGGUCCAGUGCCAACUGUGUGUUACACAAUACCGUGUUCUUCACUUCAGCAAAAUGUGUCAGUGAACAAAAUAAAC